AUGAAACAACGACCGGAAAUAGCGUUAACCGAAAUGCAACUAUGUAAUGAUGCUGAUGUACCACUUUUAUUCAAGCUUUGCUCCGAUGCAACUUCCAGCAUUACGGCCACACCAGCCGGAAGCGGUUGCAUUCCGCCACGUGCGGAACAACGUUGUUUCCUAACAUGGCGACAUCCAAAGUAUCAGCAAAUUCAGCAAGAAAUGAAAACACCAAAAUUAAUACUUGUUACAAAUUUUGUUGAACAGGAAAUCGACAAUAAUCAGACGGUUGUAACCAAAUUGAUUGCACGAAUACACUCAAAAGGAGAAAGCUCAGAGGAGCAAAUACCUUUGAUGAAAUUCACGUUUGAAAGAAAAGAAGCAAUCUCAUCCUCUAAAACAUUAACUCCUCAUACCGAUAGUACUGCUACGUACGUUUAUCUCUCUUUCCGUUUCCCUUCACCGUAA